AUGUCAGAAGACGAAGGUGUGACAGGUACUAGUGCUUCACAUAAUGAUGAGACUAUGGAGACGUGCCCCUUUAUGGCAGACGUAUCUUCUACUCAAGAUAUGGAUGAUGAUCUGAGUGAUUUGGAAGAUUUGUUGGAGAAAGACGUAGAUGUUCAAAAAUAUCCAGAUGAAGCUAUCGUAAGGUAGGCAUUACAUCAUUACAUAAAUAAUUUGUUAGACUUUUUAUAUUGAUUAAAUUUGAGAAGUUUUAAAUCUGUUCGAUGCACAGAAAGCUUUAUGUUUAAUAUUUUACUUAACCAGUAUACCUUCAGAAAGAAAACGGUUCUUGAAAUUCGACCAAAUGACUUUUCCCACUCAUUACCUGAUGGUUGGAUCGAAAUUACUCAUGAUGCUGGAAUUCCCGUUUAUUUGGUAGGUAUUUGAUAUAGUUUUAAACUUUAGGUAGACAAUAACUUUGCUUUCUUAAGUUCAUUUGAUAACGUAAAGCAUUUCAGCACCGUCAAACACGAGUGUGCGCGUUCUCCCGUCCGUAUUUCAUUGGGCCAACCUCAGUACGAAAACACUUGAUUCCGAUCCCAGCCAUUCCAUGUUACAAUAUGAAACGACAACUGGAAGAGAUCAGAGUUAGGGAAGAGGAAUGCCCAAUAAGAUCUACACCAAAGAUCGAGAUAGUUUCAGUAGGAGAUAGAGAUCAGUACCUGGACGGAAACCAGCUGAAUGCGUAUGCAAAGUCUGUGUUCAAGUUUAAAACAAUCGACGUUGUCAGGUUUAAGAAAUGGUCUGAAACACGGCAAUUUCACAGAAACAGAAAACGAAAGCUACAUGAGGACGCUACACCUGGUAGGUGGUAGAAAAUAAAGAUAUUUAGAAACAAUUCCUUUUUUUAUUAUUGGCAAUGUUUUUUAAGUAAAACUUGAAAAAAAAUAUAUUAAAACAUGUUUAAGGAGUUGCCAGUGAUGUUAAAGUGAUUACUGUGCCUGAAAUCAACGAAACCGCGAAGCCCUCACAUCGUACGUUCUGUCUGAAUCCUGUCAACAAAACUUCUGUUACAAUUCUACACGAAUAUGUUCAGAAAGUACUCAAAAGCGUGGUAGUAUACGAUUUCACAGAGCUCAGGUAUGUUAUCUGGUGUAUCUUUAUCUCUAUUGCUCAUUUUAAGAUUACUUUAAUUUUAAAGCAAUUGUUGUAUGUUAUUUAUAAUACUAUAAAUUGAUUUCAGUAGUGUCACCUACCCUUAUCGUUGUGUCGCAAAGUUAAAGCAGUCGAAUGCGUUGCAAAUGAUUCGCCAACAAAAGACAAUCGAGGCUAAGCUAUUGUUGCUGAAGGAGAAAUACGACAAGGAGGUUAAUUUGCAUUCCAGUGAAAUUGCUGACACUUCAGAAUGUAAGUUUUUCUACUUUUGUUUUGUAGGUAUAAAAUAUGUAAAAAAGGAAACGUAAAUUAGAUCUAAUGCAUUAGCUAAUGUGAAACAAUGUUUUGGAUUGUUUAGGGAUGAAAAAUAUACUUUUGUUAUUUUAACUGAAUAAUAUUAUAAUUUUUAUAUUCAGACGGAGAUGACACUCUUCUACUUGGCGUAGGCUUCGGAAAGAGCAAGAAGAUCGCCAAGAUGGCAGCAGCUGAGAAGGUGCUUGUUGGACUAAUCCCAGGCUUAAAAUUCAACGAUGAACACAUUGCGAUAAACGAAGAAGAAAGCUCUGAACCCACGACAUCUGAGGAGCCCACUUUCUUCGAAAUGUUGGAGAUUACAGACUCUAAAAUCCCUGACUGGUGUGCCAAAACUGGUAAACGUCAGCCGUUCAUGAUGUUACAAGAGUUUGUCAAACGCAACAUUUCACUGGAAAAUCAAAAAAUCGAAAUGAAAACGGAACAGAAGGGACAUCAGAAACAUCAGUUUACAAUGACAUUGGGGCAGGAGUACGAGGUUACUGUAACUGGAGGCAACAAGAAGGAUGCCAAACAAAGGGCUUCUCAACUUAUGCUACAGAAACUCUUCCCCAACGCCAAGACUUUCGCUGAUAUUCUCAAGUUGUACGAAGAUACCAACUUCACGUUGCAGAAGGAAGCCCAGAAGAUCAAGCGACAGAUCGCGAACAAACCUCCGGAGAAACAAGCUGAACCUAAAGGAUGUUCAGAAGCAUUGGGAGUUCAGUUGAGGGAAGCCAUGAAGAUGGUAGACAGUAAAAGCAGUGACAAUGUGUUGACGCGGCCUCCAGUCGAUUACACUGCUCCAGCUUUGUUCAAAGAGGAAUGUGGCCAAUUUGGAGCGCUGUGCGAGAGAUAUGCACACUUGUUCAAGGAUAGCAGUUUGUUGGAAAGUAUUAUUAGGUAG